GGAGCGCGGCGCGGGCGCCCGGGGAGCGCGGAGCGCGGAGCCGGCGCGGCAUGUCUCGGUGUGCGGCAGCCCCCGCCGGCCGUCAGGGCCCCGCGGCGGGGAACUUGGCGCUGGGCGCGGGCGGCGGCGGCGCCGCGCCCCUGUAGGGGUGGCCGGUCGGCUCGGCCGCUGCCCGGGAGCGGCGGCAGCAGCGCCGAGCAGCUCGCGGCUUCUCGGGAGGCGCCGAGUGCGCGUGGCGACCCUCGGCCGCGCCGGGGCCCGUCGAGGGGGACGAUGGGGGAGAAAGUUUCCGAGGCGCGGGAGCCGGUGCCGCGCGGCUGCAGCGGCCACGGCGCCCGGACUCCAGCCUCUGCGGCGGCCGCCGCGUCUUCGCCGGACGCGUCUUCGGCCGAGUCCUCCUCGGGCUCAGAAACUCUGUCGGAGGAAGGGGAGCCCGGAGGCUCCUCCCGGGAGCCGCCGCCGCCGCCGCCGCCGGGCGGCGCCCCGAGUGCCCGGCUGCCCGCCGCGGGGACCCCGGCGCGCGCGGUGCUGGAGCGUGGAACCCCCGCGCCGCCGCGCCCCGGAGGAGUCGUGCCGCCCGCGCCCCUGGACAGCAGCGCGUCCCAGGAGGAGCAGGACGAGGAGCUGGACCACAUAUUGUCCCCACCACCCAUGCCGUGUCGAAAAUGCAGCAACCCAGAUGUGGCCUCGAGCCCUGGGAAGUCACUCAAGUUUAAAAGACAGCUGAGUGAGGAUGGACGCCAGCUUCGGCGGGGGAGCCUGGGAGGAGCACUGACCGGGAGGUACCUUCUUCCAAACCCAGUGGCUGGGCCAGCCUGGUCUGCAUCAGUGGAGACGUCCAAUCUUGUGCGCAUGCGCAGCCAGGCCCUGGGCCAGUCUGCACCCUCGCUCACGGCCAGUCUGGAAGGGCAGCCUCCGAAGAGCCAUUUCAACUCAGCCCGACAUCGCCAGCGACUAGUGGACCCGGCUGCUUCAAAAAAGGAGCUGAGUCUGCCCAGAAGAGGAAGUUUGAUAGAUUCCCAGAAGUGGAAUUGCUUGGUCAAACGUUGCCGGACAAGCAACCGGAAGAGCUUGAUAGGCAAUGGGCAGUCUCCAGCAUUGCCUCGUCCACACUCGCCACUCUCUGCUCAUGCAGGAAAUAGCCCUCAAGAUAGCCCAAGAAAUUUCUCCCCCAGUGCUUCAGCCCAUUUUUCAUUUGCAAGGAGGACUGAUGGACGCCGCUGGUCCUUGGCUUCUCUCCCCUCCUCUGGCUAUGGGACGAAUACGCCCAGCUCCACAGUCUCCUCAUCCUGUUCCUCCCAGGAGAAGUUGCAUCAGUUACCAUACCAACCAACACCAGAUGAAUUACACUUCUUAUCAAAACACUUUUGUACCACCGAAAGUAUCGCCACUGAGAACAGAUGCAGGAACACACCCAUGCGCCCCCGUUCCCGAAGUCUGAGCCCUGGACGUUCUCCCGCCUGCUGUGACCAUGAAAUAAUUAUGAUGAACCAUGUCUACAAAGAAAGGUUCCCAAAGGCUACAGCUCAGAUGGAAGAGCGUCUAAGAGAAAUUAUCACCAGCUACUCUCCUGACCACGUUCUUCCUCUCGCGGAUGGAGUGCUUAGUUUUACUCACCAUCAGAUUAUUGAACUGGCACGGGAUUGCCUGGAUAAAUCCCACCAGGGUCUCAUCACUUCCCGAUACUUCCUUGAAUUACAGCACAAAUUAGAUAAAUUGCUUCAGGAGGCUCAUGAUCGUUCAGAAAGCGGAGAGUUGGCGUUUAUUAAACAACUUGUGCGAAAGAUCCUAAUUGUGAUUGCCCGCCCAGCUCGGUUAUUAGAGUGCCUGGAAUUUGAUCCUGAAGAAUUUUACUAUCUCUUGGAAGCAGCAGAAGGCCAUGCGAAAGAAGGGCAGGGUAUCAAGACUGACAUUCCCAGGUACAUCAUCAGUCAGCUGGGACUCAACAAGGAUCCCCUGGAAGAAAUGGCUCAGUUGGGGAACUAUGAUAGCGGGUCAGCAGAAACCCCAGAAACGGAUGAAUCAGUGAGUAGCUCUAAUGCUUCCCUGAAACUUCGAAGAAAACCUCGGGAAAGUGACUUUGAAACAAUUAAAUUGAUCAGCAAUGGAGCCUAUGGGGCUGUCUACUUUGUUCGGCAUAAGGAAUCCCGGCAGAGGUUUGCCAUGAAGAAGAUUAAUAAGCAGAACCUCAUCCUCCGAAAUCAGAUCCAGCAGGCCUUUGUGGAACGAGACAUCCUAACCUUUGCAGAGAAUCCCUUUGUUGUCAGCAUGUACUGCUCCUUCGAAACCAGGCGCCAUCUGUGCAUGGUUAUGGAAUAUGUGGAAGGGGGCGACUGCGCAACGCUGAUGAAGAACAUGGGUCCUCUUCCUGUCGAUAUGGCCAGGAUGUACUUUGCCGAAACAGUUCUGGCCUUGGAAUAUCUGCAUAAUUAUGGAAUUGUGCACAGGGAUUUGAAACCAGACAACUUGCUGGUCACCUCCAUGGGGCAUAUAAAGCUGACAGAUUUUGGAUUAUCCAAGGUGGGCCUGAUGAGCAUGACUACCAACCUUUAUGAGGGACAUAUUGAGAAGGAUGCUCGAGAGUUCCUGGACAAGCAGGUCUGUGGCACACCUGAAUACAUUGCACCAGAAGUGAUUCUGAGGCAGGGCUACGGGAAGCCAGUGGACUGGUGGGCCAUGGGAAUUAUCCUCUAUGAAUUUCUGGUUGGAUGCGUGCCAUUCUUUGGGGACACUCCAGAAGAGCUAUUUGGACAAGUCAUCAGUGAUGAGAUCAACUGGCCUGAAAAGGAUGAGGCUCCACCCCCUGAUGCUCAGGACCUGAUCACCUUGCUCCUCCGGCAGAACCCCCUGGAGAGACUGGGAACAGGGGGUGCAUAUGAAGUCAAGCAGCAUCGAUUCUUUCGCUCUUUAGACUGGAACAGUUUGCUGAGACAGAAGGCGGAAUUCAUUCCCCAACUGGAAUCCGAAGAUGACACAAGUUAUUUUGAUACUCGGUCAGAGAAGUAUCAUCAUAUGGAGACUGAGGAAGAAGAUGACACAAAUGAUGAAGAUUUUAAUGUGGAAAUAAGGCAGUUUUCUUCAUGUUCACAUCGGUUUUCAAAGGUUUUCAGCAGCAUUGACCGAAUAACUCAGAAUUCAGAAGAGAAGGAAGAGCCCGGGGACAAAACCAAAAGCACAGCCUUGCCAUCCACAGAAACGCUAAGCUGGAGUUCGGAAUAUUCAGAAAUGCAACAGUUGUCCACAUCCAACUCUUCGGACACUGAAAGCAACAGGCAUAAACUCAGCUCUGGGCUGCUUCCCAAACUGGCUAUUUCAGCAGAGGUAGAGCAUGAUGAAGCAACCCCCUGUCCCCGGGACCCACACGAGGAGCCAGAGAAGCCAGCCCUGCCUCCUGCAGAGUGUACCCAGGAAGAGCCCGAGGUCACCACCCCCGCAAGCACCAUCAGCAGCUCCACCUUGUCAGUCGGCAGUUUUUCAGAGCAUUUGGAUCAGAUAAAUGGACGCAGCGAGUGUGUGGACAGUACAGACAAUUCCUCCAAACCGUCCAGUGAAGCCGCUUCCCACAUGGCUCGGCAGCGCUUAGAAAGCACAGAAAAAAAGAAAAUCUCGGGGAAAGUCACAAAGUCCCUUUCUGCCAGUGCUCUGUCCCUCAUGAUCCCAGGAGACAUGUUUGCUGUGUCUCCUCUGGGAAGUCCCAUGUCCCCCCAUUCCCUAUCCUCAGACCCGUCUUCCUCCCGGGACUCCUCGCCCAGCCGAGAUUCAUCAGCGGCUUCGGCCAGCCCACAUCAGCCCAUCGUGAUCCACAGCUUGGGGAAGAACUAUGGCUUCACCAUCCGGGCCAUCCGGGUCUAUGUGGGGGACAGUGACAUCUACACCGUGCACCAUAUCGUCUGGAAUGUGGAAGAAGGCAGCCCGGCAUGCCAGGCGGGACUGAAGGCUGGGGAUCUCAUCACGCACAUCAACGGAGAGCCAGUACACGGGCUUGUGCACACAGAAGUCAUAGAGCUCCUGCUAAAGAGUGGGAACAAGGUGUCCAUCACGACCACCCCAUUUGAAAACACAUCCAUCAAAACGGGACCAGCCAGGAGAAACAGCUAUAAAAGCAGGAUGGUGCGACGGAGCAAGAAAUCGAAGAAGAAAGAAAGUCUGGAGAGGAGGAGGUCUCUCUUCAAGAAACUCGCCAAGCAGCCUUCUCCUUUACUGCACACCAGCCGCAGUUUCUCCUGCUUGAACCGGUCCCUGUCCUCAGGGGAGAGCCUCCCAGGCUCCCCGACCCACAGCCUGUCACCCCGAUCCCCAACGCCCAGCUACCGCUCCACGCCCGACUUCCCAUCCGGUACCAACUCCUCCCAGAGCAGCUCCCCGAGCUCCAGUGCCCCCAACUCCCCUGCAGGCUCAGGACACAUCCGGCCCAGCACCCUGCACGGCCUGGCCCCCAAGCUCAGUGGACAGCGGUACCGCUCGGGCCGGCGCAAGUCCGCCGGCAGCAUCCCGCUCUCCCCGCUGGCCCGCACACCCUCGCCCACCCCGCAGCCCACCUCCCCGCAGCGGUCCCCCUCCCCGCUGCUGGGACACUCACUGGGCAACACCAAGAUGACCCAGGCCUUCCCGAGCAAGAUGCACUCCCCGCCCACCAUCGUCCGCCACAUCGUGCGGCCCAAGAGCGCCGAACCGCCGCGCUCCCCGCUGCUCAAGCGCGUGCAGUCCGAGGAGAAGCUCUCGCCCGCCUAUGGGGGCGACAAGAAGCACCUGUGCGCCCGCAAGCACAGCCUGGAGGUGACGCAGGAGGAGGUGCCGCGGGAGCAGCUGCCCCGGGAGGCCGCGGUGGCCACCCUGGAGGAGGUGGUGUGCGAGGCGCCCUCGCUGAGCCGCGCUCGGCCAGUGGAGCAGGGCUGCCUCAAGCGCCCCGCCGCGCGCAAGCUGGGCCGCCAGGAGUCCACCGACGACCCGGACCGCGAGAAGCUCAAGGGCAAGGGGGUGGCCAGGAAACCCGAGGGUCUCCCGGACAGACUGGACUCGCAGCAGCCCAAAGCCCACAGUGCGGGCAGUGACCCUGAGAACCUCCCGCCCUUCCGGCUGGAAGACCGAGAGAAGGGGCAUGGGAAGGCCCCUGAGAGGCCGCGCCCUUUCGAGAACAAGCCCACCAUGCAGGAGCCCGCGGGCCCAGGCAGCCUGCUGAAGGACGCCCUGCACAAGCAGGCCAGCGCGCGGGCCAGCGAAGCGGGUGCUGGGGACAGGGCAGCACCCCCCGAGUCCGGCCAAGCCACCAGCGACCUCAAGCGAGCCUCCGUGCCCGGGCCCCUCGGGGACAGCCUCUGCCCGGCCGCCAACAGGGCCAGCCAGGGGAAGGCGGGGGAUGCCCCCGAGAAGGGCCCCCAGGCCAAGGAGUGUCCCCGCUGUGAGAAGCUCGACAGCCGGCUGGCCAGCCUGGAUUACCUGCGAAAGAUGAUGACCCUGGAGGACAAAGAGGACAGCCUGUGCCCUGGACUCAAGCCCAAGGUGGCAUGCGGCACCCACGAGGGCCUGUCUGGGAGCCCCGGCCGCGCGGCCGGGACACAGCAAGAGGCCCUGACCGCUCCUGAGGGCCGAGCCUUCGUGGCCACGGCUCACGGGGCCCAGGUGGGUGCCGUCUCCUUUGUCCCCCUGAAGACCCUGAGCAGUCGGGUAGACGGUGGAGCUGAGAAGCCAGGCCUGGCACCCCCCGAGUCACCCGUCCGCAAAAGCCCCUCUGAGUACAAGCUGGAAGGAAGGUCGGUAUCAUGCCUGAAGCCCAUCGAGGGCACACUAGACAUCGCCCUUCUGUCGGGGCCCCAGAGCUGCAAGGCCGAGCUGUCUUCCCCAGAGCCUGCCCAGAGCCCCUGCCCAGGCAGUGACCCUGGCCCCCUGGGGCCCCCCACCCUGCCCAGCAGUGGGGCCAAGAAGUGCGAACCCACAGGCCAGAGGGAGCCGCCCGCCGCCAGCUUUAAGGUGACUAAAUCCUACCUACUGGAGUCCCGCUUUCCGCCCCCUAGCCGCAGCCUCCACACGGCCCCAGCGGCUGCCCUGCCCGAGGCCGAGCUGCGGCGGGACAGGAGGGUCCCCCAGGCUGCCCGGAGCACCACUCCCCUCGCCGAGAACCCUGCCCCACGCAGAGAGGGAGGCUCUGACGCCAAGCUCCUGUCCUUCCCCGGGCAGAACCUGCACAGCACCUCAGAGCUAGCUAGGCCCCGGGGCUCACUGCCCCCCGCAGGGGCAGCCGUGAAGGAGAAGGGCAGCCCGAGAGACUCCUCCGAAAGAGGCUUGUCCAUCCCCCGGAAUGAGGGCCCUGUCCUGAGAGCCGAUGGCCACCGAGACAUCUCCGCAGACGCGUGUCCUCCAGAUACCACCCGAGCCAGUGACAGCUCCAGAAACCUCCUCUCGGUGAGCCGGGCUCACCCCCCCGAGCCCCCCACACAGCGUCAGGUCUUGGAAAAGGCCUGCGGGCCUGGAGGGAAAGGACACCUCAAGGAGGGCCGCAGCGAAGAUUCCAGGCCCCUGGCCAGGCAGGAUCCAGCGGGAACCCCUGGGGAACGCGAGCUGGGCAAGGGCAGAAGCAGCCUGGACCCCAGACUGGAUGCCCCAGGCCCUGCUGGUCGCUCCCCUCAGGGCCCGGUGCCGGGAGCAGGGAAGGGUGAGAAGCUCACCAGCAUCUCCUCGCAGAAAGACGGUGCCAAGGAGCCCGAGAAGAAAGAGCAGCCGUUCCCAAAGCCGCUCAGCAGCAGCUCUCAGCCGCCACCCACCGUCACCAAAGAACCCCCUGGCCCGGCGGCGCGGCCACCCUGCAGCGCCCCGAGUCUGGCCGCCUCCAGCAGGGAGCCAAGCAGCAGGCCCCGCACUGCAGAGCCUAGCCCGAGCCCCCUCGACCCGCCCAGGCCCACGGCCAUGCACCGCGAAAGCAGUGGCCACAAGCCUCAGCCCAGCCCUGAUGCAGCAACCCCAAAGUUGAAGCACCCAGACAGGCCCAUCUCCUCCCAGAAGCUGAGUGUGGGGGCCACGCCGGCGGGUAGGGAGCCUGGCACCCCGGGCCUCGAGGACAAGGGCAGCAGUCAGGGGGUGCAGGAUGCCUCUGCCAGCCCAGCCUCUCAGAAAGCAGCCAGCAGUGCCCCUGGCCAGGGCGGAUUCGGGUCAUCGUCCCUUGCACAGCUCGCUGAGGGGGCUCCCCCGGACGCCAAGCUCAAACCCACAGCAGGUGGGCGCCCACUGGAGGUGCUGGAGAAACACCUGCCAAAGCCAGGACACCCAGUGGGGACUGAGUCCCCAGACCCUAAGGUCCCAGUUGCGGGUGAGAAGCAAACCUUGUCUCCAAAGCACCCCAAACCAGCCACUGUGAAAGAUUGCACCCCUCUGUACAGACAGAUGGACAGGAACCCCAGCCCCCAGACCGCUGCCACCGCAGACCGGAAAUCUGAAGGGAAGAAAGGCACAGAAGCACUUUAUGUCCUGGUCGAGGGCGGGAGGCCGGAGGCCAGCCCUUCCCAGGCACAUGGUGAAGCCAGGCUGCCUGGUGUGGAGAGGCCAUCGGCGGCUGGGCCCAAGGGUGUCCUGGAGGCCAGAGGGAAAGGCCUUGGGCCCCAGAAGGCCCUGACUGAGGCCGCCAAGCCUGGCAGCCUGAAACGGUCGCCCUCGGCCACUGGGCAGACUUCCUUCCGGUCUGCUGCCCUGCCUGAGAAGUCUCUGAGCUGCUCCUCUAGCUUUGGCGAAGCCAGAGCCAGUGCGGGGGAGGCCCCCUUGGCCAGCAGUGACCCCUCAUCUGCCAAGGCCCAAUGGGCCGAGGGUUCCAGCCCUAGGGACCCAAGGAAGUCUCUGCCUGGGGUCGACAGCAGAACCCAGAUGACCAAGAGUGACUCUUUGCCGUCCUUCCGGAGCUCCCCGCUCUCCCUGGAGCCGACCCAGUGCACCUCUGCAGGGGCGGGGGGAGCCGGCCACCGGGACCGGGCCCUGUCAGUCACUGUCCCCCCAGGAGAUACCAAAGGGAAGGACACAGCUUCGGCCCAGUCACUGCAGUCGAGAAAGCAGAGCGCGGGCCGAGAGGCAGCCAAGCCAGGCCCGGCACACACGCCCGCCACCGACCGUCCCUUCUCCCUUUCUUCCGAAAAGGACUUUGUGGUGCGACAGAGACGGGGGAAAGACAGCCUACGGAGCAGCCCUCACAAGAAGGCCUCCUCGUAACGCAGCAGGCCCCAGGAGGGCCGGGGGAGCCCCCUCCACCCACGCCCUUGAAUGUGUAACUGUCUUCACUACCUGUUGAAACCAGCACUGUGGGUGCACAGUCCACCAGGCCAAGCCCGAGCGGGCGGGGGAGGGGACGAAGGACGGAGGCAAAGAGGAUGAGGAAUGAGAGAGAGGGCCUUCUUCCAGUGCCUCUCUGGCUGUACCUGGUAAACUGUUACCAGAGAGUGUGUGUACCAAGAAAAAAGGAGGGGAAAGAGGAGAAGACCCACAAGAUCCCUUGACAGUUGAAGGUUGUUGAGGAGAAAGAUUUCCUCUGUACAUAUCUAGCAAUGUGUUUGGUUUGGGAUAUAGAGUGUAAACUUUGCUGCUGAUUGAGUUGUUUACUGUCUCUCCUUUUCUUUCCCCCUUUUUUAAAAAAAGACUUUUUGCUUGACCACUUAUCCUAGUAAUGAAGUGAGAAGGUCAACGGGGUGUGUGGAAGGUAGAGACACACCCGCCUUUCUGUGUGAACACAUCCACCCACAUGUUUUGGUCUGCAUGUGGUUCCAGAGACUGUUUCAAGGCUCCGUUUUUUUGUUUGUUUGUUUGUUUUUGUUUUUUAACCGGUUGAAACAUUCUAAGUAGAGUUUAAGAGAUGAAAGAAAGCCCUACCUAGGGUGGACAGUGAGUUUUAAUUGUGUAUUUAUAACCAGACAUUAUGAUAGCACAGUGUCAGGCCGCCUAUGUUUUCAGAUGAAAAGCAAGAGCUCUUCUGCUUGCUGCAUGGAGAAACCACCUCCAUUAGGCAGGGCUUGAGCAGAUGGCAUAGCCCACUUGUGUCCCGGUCAUCCUAGUGGACAUCUCAGUCCAGGGUUCCAGCUGUCUGUCAGACCAGCUGUCCUUGUCUGUGGGGUAUCUGUCAGUCCUCACCUUGCGUCAUGGGUUGAGCAGGGGUUGGGUUCCCAACAAGGUCAACUUUAUUUCUGUUUUCUCCUUUUUCCCUUCUGUUUUUUGCUCUUACACUCGGGCCUUGAUGCUCUGAACCGCUCCUCCAAGAAGCACACGUCUCCUGGUAUAGUCCUGCACCAGCUUUGCUUCUGAACAAAAACAGAAAAAUUGCUGGUCACACACAAAUCCGCUAGUACUUAGGUUGAGUAAUGAGCAUUAGGCAUUAGAAGAGGCUUUACGUUUUUGGUUUUUUUUGGGUUUUUUUCCCCGAAGAAAAGAUGGGGGAGUGGAUUUUUGGCAUCAUAGCAUAUAUAUUUAGGAAUAAUCAGGACAUCAGAUACAUUUUAAUACAUAGCUGGGGCCUUAUGUUGUAGAUGAAGCUUGCUGUUUUUAGCAAGUUCCUGGGUUUCACAUUCAUUUCGGAUGCAUUGAGUAGCUCCAUACUUUUCAUGACAUGAUCUCUUUAUUUGUAUGCAAAAAUUUUUACUGUAUUAAUAAAGAGCAGCAUUUUUGUACAAAAAAAAAAGACUUGUUGGAGCUAUUUGGUGCUUGAAUGUGACUGUCCUUUUUACUUUUGCUAAGCCUUAUUUAAACUUUGUAUACCAUAGACUAUGUAGACUUUGUCAGAUCAUUUUAGUGCUGGGGAGGGAGGGGGUCUUUGUUUUUACAUUGCAGUUUUUCUGGUGACUUGUUUUGUACUAUAAGAUGGCACUCACUGAAAUAAGUACUAAGGCACUAAGAGAAAAAAAUACGCACAGAUAAGUAUAAGAUGCUUGGGAUCCAUAGAAGAAUUUUUUGUUCAUUUGUAGAGGAAAAAAAUGACCAGUAAAUAUUAAUCCCACACCCAAACCCCCUCAGGGAUGACUUAGUAUUUAGGCUAUAAAAUUAUUCAUCCAAGCACAGCAUCAUCUUGGAGCCCUGUGGAUUGUAAAUCAUUUAACGUGGCUGUAAACUCGGCUCCAGAAACAAAGGCAUAACUUAACCAAAUGCUUGGUUGUCCUUUAUUGUAAAAUGAGUUGGCAGUAGCAAAAAAAUAAAAAGCAAGUCUCCUCUUUGACCCCCAACAUUUCUUUCCCUGUGUAGUAUUAGCCAUCCCCCCCACCCUACUCAUCACUGUGUUGUGAAAUGGUAGAAGAAAUAAAUCUUUUACAAGGACUUAAAGUGAGUUUCAAAAGUGGUCUCAACCAUUAUAAUUCUAUCUGUGUUGAACAGUUGUCAUAACCCAGUCCGUCUGUAUGCAGGCGUUGACACAGGACUUUUGGGGAGGUAGUUCAUGGUUUACAGCCUUUGCUUUUUAACUGUCCAGUUUUCCUUUAAAGCACAACUAGCUGCUUGUUUACAGAUGAUAUUUUUAUGUAUAUUUUGUACAGUGUAUUAUCAUUUUUUUCGCCAAAUACGUUUUGCAUUCUGGAUGAAUAAAGAGUACCUAAGGUUGCAUUCAUGUAAUACUUGUUCGUUGUUGUAAACCUCUCCAGUCAGCUGGUAGAAAUUCUCCUGUGUUCUCUUUGGUCAGUCUCCUGUGAUUGUAAGACGUGCUUCUCCGUAGUAGUCCCAGCUGUAGACUUACCAGCUUAAACGUUCGUUAGGAUCUGUGCAAUAAAGUGUUUGCAGUCUUAUUUUCUCUAAGAAAUUCCCUAUGGAUGUCAUAAUUGUUGUAUAUUGAACAAAUAUUUAUACUUAUGCAGUUGCAUAACAUUGAAAUAAAAAUUUAGCAUGAAAAG